AUGGACGAGGACUCUGAGUCGUACAGAGCAAAGAAACAAAAAGUGCUUGAUACAAAAGCAGAGAUGACCUUGGGCAGUCUCGCUAACUCUGGUCAUGUUGUCGAGCCAGGUGUGGGAUCUAAAGGAAAUAUUUCAUCGUCGUCGGUGAUUCCGACUCACAAUGAACAGAAGUAUGAUCGGCAAUUGCGUUUAUGGGCUAGUUCUGGACAGCAGGCUCUGCAAGAUAGCCAUGUGCUGCUGAUUGGUGCCUCUGCCACGGGUUGCGAGGUGGCUAAGAACCUGAUCCUCGCUGGUAUCGGCCGAUUGACAGUUCUCGAUGACAGUUUGGUGACUGACGAGGAUGUACAGACAAACUUUUUUUUGAAUGGAGAUGGCGAUGUUGGUAAACGAAAAUCUGACUGUGUUGUACCAUUAUUGAACGAGCUCAACCCUGAUAUCACAUGUACAUCAGUGUCGAACAACAACAGCAACAGUAUAGAAAUCAAAGACUUGAAUCUCUCACAAUUCAAUCUUAUAGUUGCUUCUGGGCUGGGUCCCAGCCAUUUAAUGAUAUUGAAUUCAGAGUUGCGUCAAUUGAACAUCCCGUUGAUUGUGGUUGAUUCAAUUGGGUUCUACGGAUACUUGCGGUUAUGUCUUGCUCCAAGCCAUGAAAUCGUCGAAACACAUCCAGACUCGCUCGUUGAUUUGAGAGUGGACAGUCCAUGGCCAGAACUUGUCGAGCAUGCCAAGAAAUAUCAGGACUUGGACAAAUUCACUUCGGUAGAAAUUGACCAUAUCCCGUUCAUCGUCAUACUAAUCAAUGCCCUUGACGAAUGGAACAAGAUCCACAUCACCCCCCCUUCAUCAUACGAAGAGAAAAGCAACUUUAAAAAGUUUAUAAUGGACAUUGCUCGAAACAGAGCCGAUACAGCUACUGCUCCUGACUAUGAAAAUUUCGAAGAGGCCGUCGCUUCUGUAUACAAACUCUUCCAGUCGUCUCAAACACUGCCUUCUGAGCUCAAAAGAGUCUUAUACGACGCCAAGACCACGUCAGAGUUCAACAAGUCGCCAUUCUGGACUGUAGCAGCGGCAGUGCGCAUUUUCUAUGAACAGCCUGAUGUCGACGGCAAACCACGCCGACAAUUACCACUUACAGGCGUGCUUCCUGACAUGAAAUCCAGCACCGACUGGUUUGUUGCCCUUCAACAAGUGUAUCGCGACAAAUCAGAAUUAGAUAUUGCCGAGAUCCGAUCUAUUAUUACUAAUCUGUGGACUAGUUCACCCACCGAGCACGAAAACAACCUGCUACACCUGUCCGACGAGUACAUUACCACAUUCUGUAAGAACGCCCGAUAUAUUCGCGUCGUCUCAGGAAGUCCUCUAGAAUACGCUACAGCGGGUAUCGAUACCCAAUCCAUAGACCCAGACGACCUGCACAUCUACCUCGCGAUCCGUGCCUAUAAACUGUUCCUGGAAAGCACGAGCAACACAUCUCCACCUUCUGGAGACGAAGACCUAACUGAGCAACUCAACGCUGUCACUUCUCAGCUCUCUAACACACCUACCGAUGCCAUCACCAAGUCCACUGACGUCUUGAACGAGAUACUUCGAGCAGCCGGCGAGCUCUACAACUCAGCGUCCUUCAUGGGCGGUAUCGGAGCCCAGGAAGCCAUCAAAAUCAUCACCCACCAGUACGUACCCCUCAACAACACCCUCGUCUACGACGGCAUCACCAGUCGCAUCGGCACCUUCUACUUGUAG